UACCCUAUAAAUAUAAGAACCCUUCUAAGAGCUUAUUCACAAAGCUUCAAAAUGGUGUUCAACUUUAAGGUGUACAAAAAGUCCUCCCCGAAUGGAAAAAUUACUCUCUAUUUGGGAAAACGCAACUUUGUCGAUCACAUAUCGGGUGUAGAACCAAUAGAUGGCGUGAUUCUACUGGACGAUGACUACAAGGAUCGGCGUAUUUUUGGUCAGGUGAUCUGCAGUUUUCGAUAUGGCAGAGAGGAAGACGAAGUCAUGGGACUCAACUUCCAGAAGGAUUUAUUCCUAAUUUCAGAGCAAAUUUUCCCACUACAGUCGAGCAAGAAUAACACCACUAGGUUACAGGACAGAUUAAUAAAAAAAUUGGGCGGUUGUGCGUUUCCCUUUACAUUCGUUAUUCCAGCGAGUGCACCAGCAUCAGUUACUUUGCAACCUGGUGCGGGUGAUGAUGGGCAACCUUGCGGUGUAAAUUAUUACAUCAAAGUGUUUUCCGGAGAAAACGAAUCCGAUCGUUCCCAUAAAAGAAGUACUGUGGCAAUGUCUAUCCGGAAAAUUCAGUACGCGCCGAGCAAACAAGGCCGACAACCAUGCACCGUGGUGCGGAAAGACUUCAUGUUGAGUCCUGGAGACUUGGAACUGGAGGUCACAUUGGAUAAACAGUUGUAUCAUCAUGGCGAAAAAGUAGCAAUCAAUAUAUGCAUUCGGAACAACAGUAACAAAAUUGUGAAGAAAAUAAAAGCUAUGGUUCAGCAAGGAGUAGAUGUUGUACUUUUCCAGAAUGGACAAUACAGGACUGCUGUUGCUAGCAUCGAAACUCAAGAAGGAUGUCCAAUUCAACCAGGAUCAAACCUACAGAAAGUAAUUUAUUUGACACCACUGCUCUCUUCCAACAAGGACCGUCGAGGAAUUGCGUUGGAUGGACAAUUGAAAAGUACCGAUACUAACUUGGCUUCAACCACCUUGUUGGCAUCGCCAGAUCAAAAGGAUGCGUUUGGAAUAGUGGUAUCGUAUGCAGUCAAAGUGAAACUAUUCCUCGGCGCUUUGGGAGGUGAAUUGGUUGCUGAAUUACCUUUCGUAUUGAUGCAUCCAAAGCCUGGGACCCAAAAAACACUUGUACAUGCAGACAGUCAAGCCGAUGUCGAAAUGUUCCGACAGGACACUAUCGAUCCGGACAAUGAAUUGGAUUAAACGAAACAUUUAUUUAUCUCCAUUCAGAUUAUCCCAAUUGUAAAUUAGAAGUGUCAAUCGGAUGCAUUCCCAAUAUAUCUUUCAGAGCAUUA